CCGGGAAUUGCCCGAAAGUCUGUUUGCAUAUCAGCGUGAACUUCUCAUACUGGAUCUGAGUCACAAUUUAUUGGAAUAUUUAACGCCACACAUUUUCGAUCACACUCCUUGGCUAUGGCAGUUGAAACUUGGUGGCAAUCAACUGCACGACACCACAAAUCUUAUGGAAAAUCUGAAAUCACUGAAUUGUCUACAUAGGCUAGACGUAAGCCAGAACCAACUGCAAACUAUUUAUAGCACCGAGACUUCCGUCAAUAGAGCACCAAGAUUACUAACAAAUUUUCGAUACAACUAUAAGUGCAUGAGUUUCGCUUUAGCUGACGGUCUUAAAUAUAUUAUCAAGGUGCAACCAGAAAAUUACAAUGGUGGCAAGAUGAACUCAACAGUAAUCAAUUUUAGUGGCAAUCGUCUGCGCGAAUUCACUUUGGAUUGGCUUGUAGAAGCGAACAUUUCAUGCCCUUAUGAAAUAAACCUAGAGCACAAUCAGAUUGAAAACAUUUUUGCUUUACAAAAUUUCUUCAGUGCAACUGCCGAUUGUGCGCCCGAAAUCAAAAUGACUGGUAAUCCGAUCGUGUGCGAUUGUAAAUUGGCUUGGACUUACAGUGAAAACUAUCGUUCGCUAUUCAACGGCUUGCAGUGCGUUCAGACGUCAACCAAACUAGUAAAGGAUCUCGCGCAGCUGGAACGUAAAGAACUGUGUGCUUGGGAACCAGUAAUGUGUCCCAGCGAAUGCAAAUGUUACACACAAUUUGAAUUCUUGCACAUCAAUUGCAAGGGUGCGCAACAUAUCGAACAACUCCCACGCCCCGAGCAAGUUGGGCUCAAGAGUUCGGUACUCGAUAUUAGCAAUAACAAUUUCAUUGUAUUGCCGCUAAACACCACCUUCGGCUAUGGUAACGUUUCACAACUCAACGCGUCGUACAAUAAAAUCACGAGCAUAAAUAUCAGUCAACUGCCAACCAAUUUGACGGUUUUGGAUCUACGAAAUAAUCGCUUAAAAUCUUUAAAUGAUGAAUUUUUACGUACAUACCUCAAUGAGAGCACAAAACUACAAUUUCUCUAUCUAAGUGAAAAUCCUUGGAUUUGCAACUGUUCCGAACUGCAAUUUCUGUACACCAUACGUACACAUCGGACACGCAUACCCGAUGCCGACCAGUUACUCUGUGUUAAUCAGCCGAACGAUACACUCCUAAUAUCAAAUGUGAGAGAAUUGUGUCCAACUCCUGUCACUGUUGAAUAUUAUCAGUACUUGAAUACAACUCUGAUUAGUGUGUGGUUAACAAUUAUUAUUUCACUUUGCAUUAUCGCACUCUUCUAUAAAUAUAAAUUAGAAGUGAGAGUCUGGUUAUAUAACCACAACAUAUUGAGAUGUUGCAUUCGCGAAUGUGAGCUGGAUAAGCAUAAAACAUUCGAUGCGUUUAUUUCAUAUCUCACCAGGAUGCAGACUUCGUCAACCAUACAUUGCUGCCGCGACUCGAACAGUGCGAACCACCAUUUCGUGUAUGCACGCACGAACGCAAUUGGCUGGCUGGCGCUUAUAUACCCGAACAAAUCAUCGAAUCGGUGGAACAGUCGCGUCGGACGAUCAUUGUGCUCUCGCAGCACUUCAUCGAGUCGGAUUGGGCGCGCAUGGAGUUUCGCACAGCGCAUCAAUGUGCUUCACCUGCAAUUGAUUAUUAAAUCAAAUCGUAAUGAAAUCGGGGAAGCAGCUAUUAUAAGCAUACCCACACAUUAUAAGCAGGACCAACUGGAAACACUUACGCUUAGCGUACAAGGCCUAAGAAACCAGUACACAUCGCUGCAAAACUUGACGCAAACAUUCUUUAAAAACUUCGCUACGCUCAGACAGCUUGACUUAGCUGGAAAUAAUAUGAGAACGUUGAACGCCAACAUGUUUGCAGCGCUAACGCAAUUGAAUAGUCUUAAUUUGAGCCAUAAUGAAAUCCGAGAAUUGCCCGAAAAUCUGUUUGCAUAUCAGCGUCAACUUUUCAUACUGGAUCUGAGUCACAAUUCAUUGACAUAUUUAACGCCACAUCUUUUCGAUCAAACUCCUUGGCUAAGGCAGUUGAAACUUGGUGGCAAUCAACUGCACGACACCACAAAUCUUAUGGAAAGGCUGAAACCACUGCGUUAUCUACAUAGGCUAGAUGUGAGCCAGAACCAACUGCAAACUAUUUGGAGCACCGAGACUUCCGUCAAUAGAACGCCAAGGCUACUGACAAAUUUUCUAUACAGCUAUAAGGGCAUGACUUUGGAUUUAGCUGCCAGUAUUAAAUAUAUUAUCAAGUUGCAACCAGAUAUUUACGAAGGUGGCAAGAUUAACUCAACAGUAAUCAAUUUAAGUGGCAAUCGUUUGCGCGAAUUCACUUUGGAUUGGCUUGUAGCAGGGAACAUUUCAUGCCCUUUUGAAAUAAACCUAGAGCACAAUCUGAUUGAAAACAUUUUUGCUUUACAAAAUUUCUUCAGUGCAACUGCCGAUUGUGUGCCCGAAAUCAAAAUGACUGGAAAUCCGAUCGUGUGCGAUUGUAAAUUGGCUUGGAUUUACAGUGAAAACUAUCGUUCGCUGUUCAAUAGUUUGCAGUGCGUUCAGACGUCAACCAAACUAGUAAAGGAUCUCGCGCAGCUGGAACGAAAUGAGCUGUGUGCUUGGGAACCAGUAAUGUGCCCCAGCGAAUGCAAUUGUUACACACAAUUUGAAUUCCUGCACAUCAGUUGCAAGGGUGUGCAACAUAUCGAACAGCUCCCACGCCCCGAGCAAGUUGGGCUCAAGAGUUCGGUACUCGAUAUUAGCAAUAACAAUUUCAUUGCAUUGCCGCUAAACACCACCUUCGGCUAUGGUAACGUUUCGCAACUCAACGCGUCGCACAAUAAAAUCACGAGCAUAAAUAUCAGUCAACUGCCAAACAAUUUGACGGUUUUGGAUCUACGAAAUAAUCGUUUAAAAUCUUUAAAUGAUGAAUUUUUGCGGACAUACCUCAAUGACAGCUCAAAACUACAAUUUCUCUAUCUAAGUGAAAAUCCUUGGUUUUGCCACUGUUCCACGCAGAAAUUGCUGUACACCAUACGUACACAUCGGAGACGCAUACCCGAUGCCGACCAGUUACUCUGUGUUAAUAGGCCGAACGAUACACUCCUAAUGGCAAAUGUGAGAGAAUUGUGUCCAACUCCUGUUACGGUUGAACAUAAUCAGUACAUGAUUGCAACUGUGAUUAGUGUAUUGUUAACCGUUAUUAUUUUUCUUUUCAUUAUCGCACUCUUCUAUAAAUAUAAAUUAGAAGUGAAUGUCUGGUUAUAUAGCCACAACAUAUUGAGAUGUUGCAUUCGCGAAUGUGAGCUGGAUAAGCAUAAAACAUUCGAUGCGUUUAUUUCAUAUGCUCACCAGGAUGCAGACUUCGUCAACCAUACAUUGCUGCCGCGACUCGAACAGUGCGAACCACCAUUUCGUGUAUGCACGCACGAACGCAAUUGGCUGGCUGGCGCUUAUAUACCUGAACAAAUCAUCGAAUCGGUGGAACAGUCGCGUCGGACGAUCAUUGUGCUCUCGCAGCACUUCAUCGAGUCGGAUUGGGCGCGCAUGGAGUUUCGCACAGCGCAUCAGUGCUCGUUGAACGAGGGUCGUGCGCGCAUAAUAAUGAUUAAAUAUGGAGAAAUCUCGAAAAGCGAGUUAUUGGACCGAGAACUAAAGGCAUAUUUGGAUAUGAAUACAUAUCUGGAUUGGCAAGACGUCCGAUUUUGGGACAAAUUACGCUACGCCAUGCCACAUAAAGUGGGUGUAGAGAGGAAUUCCGAUAUGCUAAAAAUUAACGGUAGAAUGUAUGUUAUGGGACAAGUUGAGGUGAAUUGUUUGGCUGACGACAUUAAUCUACUGGAAACUCUUACGCUUAACGUCCAAGAUCUACGAAAUCAGUACUUAUCGCUACAAAACUUAACGCAAACAUUCUUUAAAAACUUCACUGCGCUCAAACAUCUUGACUUAGCCGGCAAUAAUAUGAGAAUGUUGGACGCCAAUAUCUUUGCAGAGCUAACGCAAUUGAAUUCUCUGAAUUUGAGCCGUAAUGAAAUCCAGGAGUUGCCCGAAGGUAUGUUUGCAUAUCAGCCUCAACUUCUUAUACUGGAUCUGAGUCACAAUUCAUUGAAAUAUUUAUCGCCACACCUUUUCGAUCAGACUCCUUGGCUAUGGCAGUUGAAACUUGGUGGCAAUCAACUGCACGACACUAUAAAUCUUAUAGAAAAUCUGAAAUUACUGAAUUGUCUACAUAGGUUAGACGUGAGUCAGAACCAACUGAAAACUAUUUGGAGCACCGAGACUUCCGUUAAUAGAGCACCAAGCUUACUAACAAAUUUUCGACACAACUAUGAGUGCAUGAGUUGGGCUUUAGCCGACGGUCUUAAUUAUAUUACCGAGUUGCAACCAGAAAAUUACGAAGGUGGCAAGAUUAACUCAACAGUAAUCAAUUUAAGUGGCAAUCGUCUGCGCGAAUUCACUUUGGAUUGGCUUGUAGCAGGGAACAUUUCAUGCCCUUUUGAAAUAAACCUAGAGCACAAUCUGAUUGAAAACAUUUUUGCUUUACAAAAUUUCUUCAUUGCAACUGCCGAUUGUGCACCCGAAAUCAAAAUAACUGCUAAUCCGAUCGUGUGCGAUUGUAAAUUGGCUUGGAUUUACAGUGAAAACUAUCGUUCGCUGUUCAAUGGUGCACAGUGCGUUCAGACGUCAACCAAACUAGUAAAAGAUCUCGCGGAGCUUGAACGUAAAGAACUGUGUGCUUGGGAACCAGUAAUGUGCCCGAGCGAAUGCAAUUGUUACACACAAUUUGAAUUCCUGCACAUCAAUUGCAAUGGUGCGCAACAUAUCGAACAGCUCCCACGCCCCGAGCAAGUUGGGCUCAAGAGUUCGGUACUCGAUAUUAGCAAUAACAAUUUCAUUGUAUUGCCGCUAAACACCACCUUCGGCUAUGGUAACGUUUCGCAACUCAACGCGUCGUACAAUAAAAUCACAAGCAUAAAUAUCAGUCAACUGCCAACCAAUUUGACGGUUUUGGAUCUACGAAAUAAUCGCUUAAAUUCUUUAAAUGAUGAAUUUUUACGUACAUACCUCAAUGAGAGCACAAAACUACAAUUUCUCUAUCUAAGUGAAAAUCCUUGGUUUUGCGACUGUUCCACGCAGAAAUUGCUGUACACCAUACGAACACAUCGGACACGCAUACCCGAUGCCGACCAGUUACUCUGUGUUAAUCAGCCGAACGAUAAACUGCUAAUAGCAAAUGUGAGAGAAUUGUGUUCAAUUCCUGCCACUGUUGAAUAUAAUCAGUACUUGAUUGCCACUCUGAUUAGUCUAGGGUUAACCGUUAUUAUUUUACUUUGCAUUAUCGCACUCUUCUAUAAAUAUAAAUUAGAAGUGAAAGUCUGGUUAUAUAAUCACAACAUAUUGAGAUCUUGCAUUCGCGAAUGUGAGCUGGAUAAGCAUAAAACAUUUGAUGCGUUUAUUUCGAUGCACACCAGGAUGCAGACUUCGUCAACUAUACAUUGCUGCCGCGACUCGAACAGUGCGAACCACCAUUUCGUGUAUGCACGCACGAACGCAAUUGGCUGGCUGGCGCUUAUAUACCCGAACAAAUCAUCGAAUCGGUGGAACAGUCGCGUCGAACGAUCAUUGUGCUCUCGCAGCACUUCAUCGAGUCGGAUUGGGCGCGCAUGGAGUUUCGCACAGCGCAUCAGUGCUCAUUGAACGAAGGUCGCGCGCGCAUAAUAAUGAUUAAAUAUGGAGAAAUCUCGAAAAGCGAGUUAUUGGAUAGAGAACUAAAGGCAUAUUU